AAGCACUCUUCUCUGAUGCUUCGCAUCAUGAGUCGUGCAAUUAUAAGAAACAAUUUUGGUAUGUACUUGUCAUUACCGAAAAAAAAAUCGUAUUGGGAUACUUACAAGCAAUGGAUAUCAUCAAAUCCGCAUUCAAUUGCUGAUAUUGAAAAGACCAUACAGUUUUUAUCAUAUUUUACUGCAGGUCGCUUUUCAGAAUCGUCGAUGGCUAGCGAAUUUAUCUACUCGUUGCCCAAUUUAUUGAUACUGCUAAAUGAUCGGCUAAUUUAUAGUAUAAAGUACAGAAAUUUGCAACUACCACAAUUCAAGUCGCAAAUAAAAAUAUGGUUAUCUACUCUAGAGUAUACUGAAGCGUUAUUUGAAGUAACUGCUAAAAAAUUGUGGGGAGAUUAUGGAAAAUGGAUUAUUAUAUUUGUUAUACAAUCUGUUAAAGCACUACUUAGGCUUUUUUUGGUCCAUCGAAAUAAAGAGCGGAUCAUCCAAGUGCCAGCAAUCUCUCCUUUGAACCAUGACAUGCUCAACAAAGUCCUCCGCAACGAGCAUAUCCCCAAAGAAGGCUACCAGUUGCGCCGUACAGGCCUUGUUGUAAGGAGCGUGCACUAUUCAGGUCCUCUAGAAACCGGCCAGUGGUCAAAGCUCACUCCGUUGUACGGUGAAGAGAAUCGGAUUCAGUCUCCAAAUUCAGAAUCGCUCAAAAAUUUAUCACUUUCUGAAACACUGUACAUACUGAAGCCAUUGAUCCACCUGACAAGCUUGAUGCUAAAAGAGAACAAAAGUUGGCUACCUUGGGCCACUGCGCUCACUCUAGAUGCUUUUAGUCUCUUCACCAUCUCCAAGGAGUCGGCUAACCUGCGAUAUACUAAAGAAGAAAAGCAGGAAAUUAUCAGACGGAAAAUGAAUGUCGUGCUGUACUUGUUGCGCUCGCCGUUCUUUGAAAAGUGUAGCAAGGAUAAAAUUAACUCUUUGUUGAAUAAAAUGAGCAAAAACAUACCCCUUGCCAGAUUCAUCGCCGAUCCAGUUGCCAAAUUUUAUUUCUUCACUGAAGAAUUUUUUAUUUCUUCAGCUAAUAAAUAA